AUGGACGACACAAUCGAGGUGCGCCUGCCGCCAUCCAUUCAAGCAGCGCACGACGAGCGGGAGUACAACCUGGACCGCAUCAGCCCCAAGACCGCUGAGCCCCGGACGAUGCCCGACGUGUCUGCGCCCACCCGGCGCGAACGUGAUAUCUGGGGCACGUCUCCCCUGGAUCGCUCACCACACCGCUCGCCGGCCUCCACCUACCCAAAUCUGGAGAAUCCCGAGGAGCCGACGCAGAAGCGCAAACGAUCGCCGUCUGUGGAGGAAACAUCGUAUCGCCAAGAUACGCAACGAACCCGCCCGCCACCGCUCCAGCACCAGCGCGGCGAUUCAGAUCUGCCACGAAUCUUGACCGCCACUGAGACCGCCGCGGCAGCAAUUGCGGCAGCAUCAGCGGCAUCGCGUGCGUCCAAGGACGGCGAAUCUGAGCCGCCUCGCACGUCGGCAGAACCCCGUGAUUCAUACGACGUCUCUCGCAGCCGCGAGUACACCUCCAGACCGUAUGCCGACGAAGAGCGUGAGCAGCAGCAGCAGCGCGAGCAACACCAUGCUGACAUGUGGUUCUCUCGCACCUCUCGCGACGACCGUCAAGCCGCUGGCCCGUUGAACGAAAGUGCCACUUACCAGCAGCACCAGCACCAGCGCUCCGGGUCGGUCCACUCUCCCGCGGAAGACCAUUCCGCCAAUGACUCACGCCAGCUGGACAAAUCGGUGCCGCAUACCAGUGCGUCUCCACAGAGCGAAUAUGGCGUCAACAGCCCGGACGAUGAAGAGCGGCCAGCCGUUUACGGCGCUCCAUUUUCGCCAAGUAACCAGAAGAUCGGCCCGCCACUGCAGCAAACGGACCCGAAGCGUCGGAAGCGCAACUUUAGCAACCGGACCAAGACCGGUUGUCUCACCUGUCGCAAGCGCAAGAAGAAGUGCGACGAGACCAAGCCUGAAUGCAGCAACUGUGUCCGUGGUGGCUUUAUUUGUGCUGGCUACCCACCGCAGAAGGGCCACUGGGGCAAGCCAGACCUGACCAAGCCAACAGUGCAGAUCGAGUCCAAGGACCCAACGUAUGUGCCACCCGGUGCCUACGGCAUGCCUGGUCCCGGCGGCGGUCUGCAGGGCGGCACAUUCCACCAGCAACGACGCGAAUCACUUCCUCUGUACCGCGGCCAGGCGCUUCGUAUCCAGCCGCCACAGGGACGUCCUAUUGUGACAGACGACGACCGGCCCACUGCGUCCACCCUGCCCAGUGCGCUCACCAGCUCGGACGGCCACAAUAAGCUUUCCGCACUGUCUGCAUUUUCUGCGCCCGCAAAUGUGUUUCCGACACCCGUCAGUGCGGCCACAACGGCCCCCUUCCCGGAUCGUACGCCCAAGGAAUACCAGCGGGUGCCGCCGCUACACGACCUCAGCCGGACAACCGAACCGGAGACACCGCAGCUCUUGACGCCACUACCACAGAUCAACAUUCACAGGUCAGGUAGUCCUCCAUAUCGGCAGCCAUCGCCGCAACAGAAUCAACUGCAACCACAACAGCAGCAGCCACAACAGCAACAACAACAGCAGCAGCAGCAGCAGCAGCAGCAUCAGCAGCAUCAGCAGCAUCAGCAGCAUCAGCAGCAGCCGCCGCAGCAGUCUCAACCGCCAUCCCAGCAUCUCCACCACCGCCAGCUUUCGCAAACCGAUGCGUCUCGUCCACCUCCGCCGCGCGAGCAUGAACUCGACCGCGAGCACGAACGCCGUCCUCAGCACUCUGCGCAGAACCCGCACCAGCCGGUUCACCAGGGCCAGCACCUGCAGUCCGCACCGCAAUUUCAUCCGCAACACGCGCACCCCACGCAGCACCAGAACCAGCCGCUUCCGGAUCAUCAAUCGCAGCAGCCUAUGCAGCGCCACCAGCCUCGCCAUGCACCGUUGCACCAGGACCCCGUGCCAAUCGAGAGGCAGGCCCGCUUCUUGCACCACCGCCCGUACUCGCCCCAGCCGCUGGCACCUCGUCAGCCGCACCAGAAAGAAGGCGGCGAGGAGGCGGACGAUUGCAAAGACACUGAAGAGGCACGGGCCGCGUCAAGACGCAAUGUUCCCUUCUUCAGCACCGUUCCGGGUCCGAGGCGCGAGAAGGACGAGAUGCACGCAGGCCGGCCUUUCUACCAGUUUGACAAUGAGUUGGUUGAUCUCCGGGAACGCUGUGCGGCGGCUUGCUGGAAGUUUAACAACUCGACAAACCCCAAUAUCGGUGUCUCGCAGAGCGAGCGCACGCGGCUGUUCAAAGAGAUCAUUCAACCGCGAGGAGCCGAUCAGCAGGCCGCCACGGGUCCUGUUGGCGGCCAGGUCGUCGUGGAUGCCCCGUUUCACGCCGACUACGGUUACAACAUCACCAUUGGCAACGCCGUCCACAUUGGCCGCAACUGCCACUUCUCCGAUGCGAUGCCAAUCAACAUUGGCAACCGCGUGACGAUUGGUCCCAAUGUGUCCUUCUUCACAUCGGCUCCGUCCACCGACCCGAUGGAGCGCGACGGCGUGCACAGUGCUCUCCAGGGUCGAGCCAUCACCAUUGCCGACGAUGUGUUUAUUGGCGGCAAUGUCACGAUCCUCGCCGGUGUGCACAUUGGAAAGGGCGCGGUCGUCGGCGCUGGCUCCGUCGUGACGUCGUCCCUUCCUGGAUUUACUGUCAGCCAUGGCACCCCUGCUGCUGUCAAGCGGAGCACGUCACAGGUGCAAGCCUGA